ACCAUGGCUGUUGUUGCGCUGGCUCAGAAUGUAUGUGGCUAUAAUUGAGAAACGAUCAAGCGAUAAAGGGCGGACAGCAAAAAAAGACAUACACGUUAGGCGCUGCCACUGAGACAAUAGUCUAGAUAUACCAUUUGUUGUUGGAAGGAGUGAAAGCGAAACCCCGGGGCUUAUUCAGACGACAGGUGGCAAUCUUCAGCUCUUUCUUGAAUUUAGGUAUCACCAACCAUGAGCUCACUGCAAAAAGAAGCUGUUGAGGUGCCAUGUCUGGGAAGACCAUUCCAGCUGGGCAUGCUGUAUGAUAUGAGGAGGGAUUGUCUCAUACCAGGCUUGACCUUAUGGGACAACAAUAAACUUCAGAAACACAAAAAUGUGAUUCCAAAACACUUCACUCAAAUGGAGGUCAGCACUUCAGACAGUUUAGAAGACAAGGCAGCUUCUAUGAACAUAAGUGGCUCCCUAAAGCUCAGUGUUCUGUCUGGAAAAGUAAAUGUAGCAGGAUCAGCUAAAUAUUUCAAUGACAACAAAAAGUCCACUAAACAGUCCAGGAUUACACUGAAAUACCAUAUAAGCACACACUUUGAACACCUCACAAUGGAUCAUUUGGACCAUAAGAGCUUUCAAUACACUGAGGUGUUUGACAGUGAUCUAGGUACACAUGUGGUCACUGCUGUGUUGUACGGUGCUGAUGCUUUCUUAGUGUUUAAUAGAGAUUUAGAUUCAAAUGAGGAGAAGACUGAGGUAGAAGGAUCCUUCAAAGGUGCACUUAGAAAUAUCAGUUGUUAUGGGAUUUCAGUGGAAGGUGGGGCCUCAAUGAAACUGAAUGAGAAUGAGAAGGCAGUAACUGACAAAUUCAGCUGUACUUUCUAUGGAGAUUUUACAUUACCAACUAAUCCAUUCUCAUUUGAAGGUGCAAUGGACAUAUACAAACAACUUCCAAACAUGCUUGGUGAGAAAGGAAAAAACGCAGUUCCACUGAAAGUGUGGCUCUACCCUCUUGCCAAACUGGAUUCAAAAGCAGCAAAAUGUGUCCGUGACAUAAGCAAUAGCCUUAUUACGGCUGUAUCAGAUGUAAUCGAGAGUUUGAACAAUGCAGAAAUUAGAUGCAAUGAUCUUGCAGUAGACACUGCUGCACAAGCGUUUCCUGCUUUCCAUCAAAAGAUUCAAGAGCUGAAGAAAAAAUGCAAUGACUAUAAACUAGAUCUGCUGAAGAAAGUGGGUUCUCUGCUGCCAUUAAUACGUGGAGGUCAAGAAGAAGAAUGUGAUCUUGUAGACCUCCUCAAGCAUCAUGAGGAGUCUCCUUUCAGUAGCACUGAACUUGACCAGUGGAUAAAGAUCAAACAGGAUGAAGCAGAUGUACUGAAAUCCUUUCUGGAGAAGCUGGAAUGUCCUGCUCCAGAUGUAUAUAAAAGCAUUGGCAAGGUCUUUGCACACACUGAAGAUGUGGUGUGCUUUACUUUCACCUCUCUGUAUAAGCCAGAUCCUUUUCUUGAUUAUCUAAUAAACUAUACAGAUGAAAAGUCUGAAAAGAGAUAUAAAGGCAAAAGAGAGAAACCUGAGUCCUGGUUGACUCAAGACGUAGGUCAGAGAAUGAGGAAAACCUUGAAAUUAUUCAAUGGCCUAAAGAGCUCAAGUAAGAGUAACAACACCAAAUUUAUUGUGGUGUCAGAUUAUAACGAGGAGAACCCUGGUGCUUGCAUAAUGUUGUACAGAGGUGAAUGUGAUGACACCGUCUGCUUUAUCCCGCCAUCUAAACCCAUCUGCUCAACCACUGGUGCUGUGACUGACAGCAGUGUAACAGUGAAAUUAAGCCCUGCAUGUGAGUCCACAGUGAAGCGAAACCUGGAGUACAAGAUGGAGCAGGAGGAGGAGUGGAAGUGUCAAUCUCUGCAGCAUAAAGAAGAUGAAGUCACACUAACAGGACUAAAUGCUGACUCUAUGUAUGAGAUCAAAUGCACUGCACUGGAUAUACUGGGGAAGCUCCCAGUUACCAGUGAUGUCAUCACCAUUCAAACUCCUAAAGGCACAUACCCUCCAACUGACCUAACACACCAAAACUCAAGCACCAGAGACACCAGUCAACCCGCAGCAGAACCAUCAACACCAAUCAAUGACAACAGCCCUUCACAUGUUCCCGGCUCAAAAAAGCACUGGAAGUCAAAGAACAAACAUGACACAUCUGAACAAAGAUGAAUGCUGUUAAGUGUGAACGAGAUCAAAUAAACAGCAGUGGUUGAAA